UCCGCGGCCCGCACGGCCCGAUGGCGGCGGCCGCGCCGAGGGCCCCGGCGGAGAUUGACGUGACCUUUGAGGACGUGGCCGUGUACUUCUCCUGGGAGGAGUGGGGGCUCCUGGAUGAGCCUGAGAGACGCCUGUACCACCUUGUGAUGCUGGAGAACUUGGCGCUCAUCUCCUCGCUGGGUUGUUGCUGUGGAGCAGAGAAUGCAGAGACACCCUUUCAACCGAAUGUUUCCAUAAAAGUAUCACAGUCCAGGACUCCCAGGGCAGCUCCAUCUUCCCGGAAGCCCCACCCUCGUGAGACAUGCGUUCCGGUCCUCAUGGACAUCUUCUCCCUGCCCGAGCUCCCAGGAGCGCAUCCCAGCCAGGACGUGUUUGGUUGUGGGGCGUGUAUGGAACAAUUGUUUUUAAGUGCAAACCUCCAGAAGCAGCACAUGGGCGAGAAGUCCUUUACAAGCAGUGAGGACAAAGCCUCCUCUGUGAAGCGUUUCAGUUUCCAUGUGUCGGGGACGCCCGUUACCUGGGAGGGAGCUGGGAAGGGCUUUCUGGCCACCUCUGAGCACGUCCAGCAGCAGACGCCUCGUGCCGGGCAGGGGCCCAGCGCAGUCACCCAGUGCGGGGCAGCUUCACGACGCAGAGAAAGUCAUGUCAGCGGGAGCGAAUGCAGGAUAGCCUUCCGCUCCAGACACGCGCUAGAUCGGCGCCGGGCCGUCCGCGCCGGCGGGCAGUGUUCUGUGUGUGGCGAAGGUGGGAAAACAUUCAGGAGCCGAUCCUCCCUUGCUGCGCCCCGGCGGGGUCACGCUGAGGAAAGCCUGCGUGGGUGUGGGGACAGCGGCCGGUCCUCUGGGCGCAGCUGCGCCCCCGGGAAGCCUGGCAGCGUGCCCGGGGGGGAGGGCGGCGCAGCAAGCGCGGGGUUUCCUUUCGCCAAAACACCGCCUGCCUUCCCUGCCUUCGCCCCGGAGACGGCGCCGGGGGAAGCCGUCCCCGGUGCGCCCAGCGCGCAGGGUCCCUGGGCCGUGGCCCCAUCCUUGCUUCUCGGCAAGGGAGGGUGUCCCCCGGGAAGGGAAAUGUGGAGUGUGCCGAGUGUGGGAAAUCCUUUCGGUCACGUUCCAGUCUCCUUGCACACGGGAGAGCUCACACUGGAGAAAAGCCUUACAAGUGUGAAGAAUGUGGGAAAUUUUUCUCGGCCGAGUCCGGCCUGCGUUCUCCUCAGAGCGUUCACGCUGCGCCCAGGCCCCGCGCGUGCGCCGAGUGCGGGAGGCCUUCACAUCUAGCUGCUGCCUGCGCUACCACCAGCGGGCGCACACCGGAGAGCGGCCUUUCGAGCGUAAGGCGUGUGGGAAGUCUGUUCCCUACAGCUCCAGCCUUCGUUGUCCCCAGCGGGCGCGCACGGGGACAGGCCGCGCGCGAGCGGCGAGUGCGGCCA